AUGAAGCUUGAUACUUCUCAUAUGAGGUAUUUGACCUCUGACGAUUUCAAAGUUCUUCAAGCUGUGGAAAUUGGCUCGAGAAAUCACGAGUUGGUUCCUACCACCUUGAUUCAUUCUAUAGGAGGGUUGAAGUCUCCCUCAGGCACCAACAGGGCCAUUGGGGACCUAGCCAAAUUGAAAUUAGUCAACCGGUUAAGGAACGCCAAAUACGACGGGUUCCGAUUGACUUACUCUGGUUACGACUACUUGGCUCUCAAAUCCAUGCUUAACAGACAAACUGUGUACUCUGUAGGAACUACUAUUGGUGUAGGUAAAGAAUCGGAUAUCUAUUCUGUCAGUGAUCCACAAGGAGUUCAGAAGGUGAUGAAGAUUCACCGUUUGGGUAGAACAUCCUUCAAAACUGUCAAAAACAACCGUGACUACUUGAAAAAUAAGCUGACUUCCAACUGGAUGUACUUGUCUCGUCUUGCUGCCGAGAAGGAACACGAAUUUAUGGUAGUAUUGUAUAACAACGGGUUCAAUGUUCCCGAGCCGUUUGAUUCGUCCAGACACUGUGUGUUAAUGGAGUGGAUCAAGGGAAUUCCUAUGAAACACUUGCGAAAACAUAGAGACUACAGGAAGUUGUACUCUGAGUUGAUGAACUUCAUCGUCAAGUUGGCUAACCAUGGGUUGAUCCACUGUGACUUCAAUGAGUUCAACAUAAUCAUCCGAGACGACUCUGAAGCUUCCAAGCACGAGUUCGACUUUGUAGUCAUCGAUUUCCCUCAGUGUGUCUCCAUAGAACAUCCUGACGCUAAGCAGUACUUUGACAGAGACGUGGAAGGUAUACGAUCUUUUUUUGAAAAGAAGUUUAGAUACGCUCCUAGCCACGAUGCUACCAUGUUCGACACUGAAGGAUACGGUGAUGGUUACAAGUAUGCUUAUCCUAACUUCAAACGUGAUGUUAUCCGUGAAAAGAGUCUAGAUGUAGAGGUGAAGGCAUCGGGAUAUGCUAAGAAAACGACUGGGGUCAAGGAGGACAAAGACUUGGAAAAGGCAGUUUUGGGAAUGAGAAUAAAUCGAUAUGAGGACGAAGAUGACCUUUCGGAAUUCGAUGAUGAAGAUGUAGACGGUGAAGACGAUGAAGACGGUGAUGAUUACGAAGAAGAAGAGAUUGACAGUGACGAUGACAACCAAGAGGAAGAAAACGAAAGAAUCGUAGAGAUGUUGUCUAGUGGAGUCAAGAACCUAAAGAUGGACAAGUUGGGAAAUUAUAUUAUAGAAGAAUAA